UUCUACCUAGCGCUGACGUCUCUGAGGUGCAAAUAGCUUGCAGGGGAAUAGUUCUGUCUAGUGAUAAAACGCUUUAUGCGAUCAAGCAUCUUCUUUGGCCUGAAAAUCAUAAGCUAGCCCCUGUUCUUCGCUAUCGUAGGGUGCCUCUGUUGAAGAACUUCUCGAAUCCCUCAAUGCUUGCUAGCCCUUGUGGCUUGAAUGCUCAGUCAUCUGGUGCUUCGGGUCUGUUUUCUCGUGGAGUCACCCAUCACCAUCCUAUGGACUUAAAGCGCGGCGCAGAGGGAAUGCAGCACCCUCUUUCGUCUCUCUUCUCGCAUCCUUCUUCCAGGCACGAAGCUACCCAGCGAAGUGCUUCGAUCAACAAUCUUUGCAAUAUGAAUCAAGAGCAAAAAUCCAGAAAAGCUUCAGAUGACGUUGGGUUGCUUGAAAAGUCUUUGAUGCACCUAGCAGGAGUCAAUGGUACAGACUUGAAAUCGUUCAUCUCGCUUUUAGCUGGCUCACAGAAGUUGGCUGCUCAAAGUGUUGAACAAACAUCACAGGAACGAAGGAGUCAGCUGGACUUGAGCAGUUUGCUGGGUCAAAGGGCUAACAGUGCGCAUGUUCUGAACCCAGUGAAUAACUUUCUUGCUUCUCCUGCGGCCGAUAUUCAGGCGAAUGGAGACAAGCUUGUGAACAAUCUUUUUCAAAAACCCAAAGGUUUUGCUGAGGUGGUUCAGCAAGCUCAGCAUCAAAACAAGGCGGCAGAGCAGAAGAAGCGAAGCAUGCCGUCGAACCCCUCUCACAACAGACACCCGUCUGCUGGUGGUUUCUCGCGCGAGAUGUUUUCCAGCUUAAUGCCAUUCCAGGAUAAGAGCCCCCCCAAGUCCAAGCCUUCAGCCGAGGCUCCCAGCACUCCCUUUUUCAAAAAUGUCUUGAAAGGCUCAAGCUCGAGCAUUCUCGCUGGUAUGGCGUCCAUGAAGCCCCAAGCCUCAUCGGCCCCUGCAGCCCCGAAGCCCUCGACGAUAGCUGGGGAGCAGUCAGGCGGUUGUUGGAAUGGAAACGGAACGGCACAGCGGUUGAUGGGGAACGGGAGGCCCACACAUGAAUACGUCCUCUCUCAAUCCGUCAAACCUCCGUCUCCCAAGUUCAGCUUUCAGAUCCCCAAGAGCAGGGACCAUCUUGCUGUCCCCUGAUGCCUGCGCUCUUGAGGUGUGAUUGUACAUAUGUAUUGUGAACGAUCUAGUUGUUGAAUAUUUUGAGCCGGCUGAUCCGGCAGUGAUGACAGUGAACUCUGUAACUUGUUGUACAUGAAACGUUUGAAACAAAUUAAAGUGUGCUCGAC